UUACAUCCGUUUAUUUUUUGUUGUUGUGUUGAGUGUGGUGAAAUGGCAGUGACUCACACCCUUUCAACUCUCUCUCCGUCACUCAUCGGAUGCUCCAACUCCAAACCAAAGCUUUCAUGCUCUCUCUCUUCUCAAACUUUCAAGUGCAAGAGAGAGUACACCUCCGUGAUGAUAGUGCCGACGGGGAUUGGCGCCGCCAUUGGAGGUUAUGCCGGUGACGCUUUGCCUGUUGCUCGCGCUCUGUCCUCCGUCGUUGAUUGCCUUAUCUCUCACCCUAACGUGCUUAAUGCUGCAAUGCUAUACUGGCCGAUGCCUAAUACAUUAUACGUUGAAGGUUAUGCUCUUGACCGUUUUGCAGAAGGGUCGUGGGCAUUACAGCCCGUUCACCAAAACAGGGUGGGACUAGUUCUUGAUGCAGGAAUAGAGGAGGAACUCCGGGUUCGCCAGUUACAAGUAGCUGAUGCUGCAAGGGCUUCCCUUGGAUUACCUGUCGUGGAAUAUACUGUCACAGACACUCCGUUGAAGGUAGAGAAGUGGGAGGAUCCAGAAACUGGCCAAUCAACUGGGAGGAUUAAGCACCCUGAUUCUUUACUUAGAGCUGUAGAUACAUUAGUGAAGAGGUCAAAAGUGAAUGCCAUUGCUAUUGUUGGACGUUUCCCAGAUGAUGAAAUUGAUGAUGUAGAUGACUAUCGGCAGGGAAUGGGAAUAGACCUAUUAGCGGGAGUUGAGGCAGUCAUAAGUCAUCAAGUAGUGAAGGAGUUCCAAAUUCCUUGUGCACAUGCUCCUGCAAUGUCUCCACUUCCCAUGAGCCUAUCUCUUAGUCCGAAAUCAGCAGCUGAGGAGAUUGGGUACACUUUCCUACCAUGUGUGCUUGCUGGCCUAAGUAAUGCUCCACAAUACUUGGUCAUGGACUCCAAAUCCUUCGAAAAAGGUUGCAUACUGGCAAAUGAUGUGGAUUCCGUAAUCCUUCCCAAUGAUGCUUGCGGAGGGGAUGCAUGUCUUGCUUUUGCUAGAAAUAAAAGCAAAAAGCCACUUAUAAUUACUGUGGAAGAAAAUGAAACUGUUCUUAAUGAUACUGCAAACAAACUUGGUCUUGAAGUGCUGCAUGUAUCAAAUUAUUGGGAGGCCAUUGGAGUUAUUGCAGCUCACAAGGCAGGGAUAGAUCCAUUUUCACUUAGACGUGAUAAAAUUCUCAAUAUCGGGUGCAGUUCCUUCAUGUCUGUCAAUGGUCACACCAUUCCAAGAUAAAGAAUGGUUUCCUGAUUAACAUCUGGUCUAGUUCACAGUCACUUUCAAGAGUACGUGUGGUGACAAAUUGCUGGUGUUAGUGACCACAAUGCACGCUACAUAUAUACCAAACUUAUCUAUUUCAGGGAAGGUACUGGAUGUUUUAACUUCUAACUAUCCUCUAAUAAUGUGGGUCAGAUUUGAGGUAUAUACCUGAAUUGGUUAAUGACAGGUUUAGCACUCAGUACAAUCUGAAAUCAGACUUUUAUUUAGGUCUCUAAAAUGUUUAGACUUUAUUUGUUAAACCUGAAAUUCAAAGCUUUACAGGAGGAAGAUUUUCUACUCAUUCUUGUCAAGCUGCUAUAGAGGUCGCCCUUUCCAUGUGAAAAUUAGUAUCUCAUAUUCUUUUUCCUGCGAUUGUAUGGUAAAUUAACUGAUUUUCAAGUUGCAUAAAUAAAUAGUUCGUAGUAAUUUAAAUACACAGGAUAUGGAUUUUGAAGGAUGGCGGAAAUUUGUACGAA